AUCGUUGUCGGGACCCCCCAUGCAGACCCUCUUACAACCAGGCUGGGGUUUGGCUAUUCCUUGGCUAUUCCUAAAUGUGAUUGUACUUUAGGACUGUUAUUCCUUUAAAAGCUUGUAAGAAUUAAAGGGGCGAGUAGGAACAGAAAGAAUGUGCAGAAAGAAUUUCAUGCCAACCUCCCAGAUAGAACCCAGGCUGGCAGAUCACAAAGCCAGUAGCGAAACUACUACGCUAGAAAAGGCUGAUCAUUCACAUGGCUGUUUAACUCUACUUAACCCCCCACUGUUACAAAUUGGUCUUUUUUCAGCCUCCUUGUUGUGAUUUAGCACAAUCUUAGUAUCUUUUUAAGAAUGUUGUGAUGAAUAUAUAACGCCUUGUGCCCUCCUGGUUAUGACGAAUCAUGAGAUAGAAUUAUUAUGUUGUCCUAAGGUUUUUAACGUGUGUUUUGUUUAACCUCCAAGCAGAUCUUGCGGUGGUUUAAGACAGUAACAAAUUAAGCUGGAGAAGGAGUCUUAGCCGGCAGAGGAGUUUUAUUCUACCGCAACUUGAUUCUACCGCGGUGGAAUAAAACUAUUCUAUCAAAUCAAAAAACAAAUUCUAUCAUUCUGACUUGUUAUGAUUCAUAUAUUGUGCUAUAAAUGUUUGAAUGCAUUCUUUUCCAAAAAGAGUAGAUGGCUUACUUUAAACCAAGGAGGUUGAAAGAGAUUGUUUAAACACAGAGCAUGGUGAGAACUGUUGGCAUAUGUUUUGCAUCAGCGUGAAUAAUGAUGCCUGUGAUAAAUGAAUUAGCACAUAGGUGCUAAAUUCCCUCAUUUCAGUUCCAGAACUGAGAGGGAACAAUUGUUCAAUGACUGUUGAUAACUGCUUGGGGAACAAAGAAAAUGGGAGGCACCAUCAAUAUUUUUUGUAGGGUAGUAGUGAAGACGGAUUUGAAUCAAGAAUAUUUUUAGUUUCUUCCAAACCAUUGUAAACUGCCAUUACAUGUAAACCUGGCCAUCAUUGUGUAAAUUUCCAGCUUUAAGUAGCAUGAAAAGAAAAGAAAAUCCAUCUUUCAUUAUCUGAAAGUCUCACAAGCACCCCUUUUUGUAUAGGAAGUCAGUCGCCCCUAAAGGCUUGCUUGCACCUAGAGUCUUCAUUGUUAGUCACUCCUUGAGGCUUGCUUGCUGUUGGUUGGGAAGUCCAAAGUUUGUCAAGUUUUCUACCAGUGACGUCAUCAUGGCUUCUGAAUCUGAUUCAGAAAAUAUAUCAGAUAUUCCAGAUAUGACUUGGUGUUUUGUGACCGUUACAACAAAGCGCAGCAAAGUGAAGAAAGUUGGUUACUUCAAUUCGUUAUACCUGAAUGAUGACGACUGGGUGCCAGUUCGAUACAUCUCCAGAGUAAAAGAGAACCCCAGGCUCAUUUCUGUUUGGUUUUCAGAUUCCACAAGCAACCAGGGGUAUGAUGCUGGAGAUGAGAAGGAUAUUGUGGACAUGGGUGAUUAUAUGGCACACGAAGGAUCAAUCUGGGCCGAGCUGGAAGAAAUAGAAGAUGCUAGCCAGUUUGUACAGAAAUACCUGAAACUUCAAGAAAGUGAAACACAACUAGAGGGUGCAGACUCAGAUGACGAGGAACACUCUGUGACUGUUGCAGGUCCAUCAGAAGAAAGAGAUCCGUACAAGUUCCCGGUUACCCCUGUCCAGAAAAAGCAUCUGAACAAGCAGUCUCCCAAACAAGGCAAGGCAUCACCUUCUAAGGCCAAAACUGCACGUGCAUCAAAAGUGGAAUCUGUCGGACGCCAGGUAAAGCUACGGAAAAAGAAUGUGUCCCACCCAAACACUCCACGUUCCAAGAAGAACUCAAAAAGAUCUCGCUCUACCAGUAGAAGCUCAUCUGAAUCAGAAGAGGGAUCUGUCAUAAAGCUACAGAACAAAGUGCCCCACCCAAACACUCCGCGUUCCAAGAACUCAAAAAGAUCUCGCUCUACCAGUAGAAGCUCAUCUGAAUCAGAAGAGGGAUCUGUCAUAAAGCUACAGAACAAAGUGCCCCACCCAAACACUCCGCGUUCCAAGAAGAACAUUUUGCAAAGAUCUCGUCCUACAUCUGAAUCAGAAGAAGACAGGGAUCUUGCAGGAAACAGACAGAAAAAGAAGAUGAAGAAAACAUCAUACAAAAGUAGCACCACCGAAGAGGACUUCAGGCUUACAGUCAAUCUGAUGCGGGAGAAGCAUCCAGACCUGGAAAAGGCCAGAGAAGAUGAGGUACUAAAGAAAGCACAAAGCUGGUGGAGAAAGAAGCAUGUCCCAUCUGUAACUGGCAAAGAUUUGAAGCAGAUAAACAGUCAGAACCAAACACAUCUGACUGUAGCCACUCUCAGCAAGCGCUGCUUCAGGCUUGCUGAAGGCAUAAUGGACAGAUGGGAGACAGGGUCGUACCAACGCCAGAGCAAAACAGAAGUGAAGCAGACUCUGUUCAGCUGCUUGACUGGCCUCCAUGAUGAGCAGAAGGUCUUUGAUCUUCUGCAAAAAUUUCAUGAUGGCCAGCUCAAGAGUCUGAAAGAGUUUGACCAUGCCGCAGAUACAAUAAGGCUUGCACAGCAGAAAUGCAAGGAGAAUGCAGAGCGUCUACAGAAGGAAAAUGAUCAACUCAAUGAGCAGGUGGAGGACUUAAAACAAGAGUUAGAGGACUUAAAAAAAGAGAAGGAAGGAAGGCAAGGAAAGGGAUUGGAAACAGCUGAAGACAUUGAAGAUGCAGGCGAAGUGAAGAAUCUGAAGAAAGAGAAACUGCUCCUCAACAAGAAGAUAGAAGAGUUAGAGAAAGAGAAGGGAAGAUGGGAGAGAGAGAGACAACUCCUUACCGAAGAGAUAGAAGACUUGAAGAGAGAGAAGGAAGGAAGGCAAGGAGAGGAACAACCAGACAUUCAAGAAAAUGAGAUACUUGCUGAUCAGCACCUGAGUGAAAGCCAAAGGGACAAAGAUUUCCUUCAACUUGAAGAUGGUGACAAGAAUGUUGAAGAAGUCAGAGAGAAGUCAGAGAAAGGCCUGUUGGAAAAUCCGGUGCAAAAAGGCAGCUGGGUGGGGGUCUGGUAUUCAGAUCCUGUGCCGGGAUGGUAUCCAGGGGAAGUUCUUCAAGUGUAUAAAAGGGGUAAAGCCAAAGUACAGUUCAUUCACCCCGAUCCAUCUAGUGGUACAGGGAAGUACAUGAGACCCGAAAAUACAGAUAUUGACAUCGUUCCCCAAGCCUUCAUUAUCGCUACAAACCUGGAUGUGGUAGAAUAUAGUGAUAAAAAGUAUGAGGUGAGGGGGAAAAAAAACAUUGACAAAAAAUUCAAGGCUUUCAAACCUCCCCGUCGCCUGUAAAAACAGGAUCAAAACUUCCAUUUCUUGUAGCGAUAAUAAAUGCUUUCAAAAAAUGACUGCAUUAUCUUUUGUGCAUUGCCCCGCAGAUGACACUACAAUCAAUAGACCAAACCUGAAGCCGAACAUAAUGUUGACAGUGUAAAUGUAUCCAACAAGUCAUCAUCUUCAAACAAGUAAGAUUGAUGAAAACAGUAAGUAGUUUAGAACUUAGUUGAUAGUACCUUUAAGUCUUCCAGACUGUAGACUGUUUUGUUACGUGCUCCAAUGAUAAGCCUAUCAGGACACCCUUAGUACUCAACUGGUACCCUUACUCCCUGUUUAGAAAACUGAUGUAGAGUUCAGAUUUCAUGUAGUGUAGUAUUCUGAGAAACUAAGAUUUCUUGAUGCUAUUAUGUUUGGUUGAAGUGAUGUUCCUACCAUUUUUUUUACAUGUAAAUGUAUCCAAUAAGUUAAAGGUUACCGAUUAAAGCAGUAGUUUAGAAUUUAGUUGGUAGAACCUUGAAAUCUCCCAGACUGUAGUUUUCUUACAUGCUCCAAUGAUUAGCCUAUCGGGGCACCCUAAGUACCCUUACUCCCUGUUUAGAAAACUGAUGUAGAGUUCAGAUUUCAUGUAGUGUAGCAUUCUGAGAAACUAAGAUUUCUUGAUGCUGUUAUAUUUUGUUUACACUGAUGUUCCUACCUUUUUUCCUGUAAAUGUAUCCAACAAGUAAGGUUGAUUAAAUCAGUAGUUUAGGGUUAAGUUGAUAGAACCUUGAAAUCUCCCAGACUGUAGUUUUCUUACAUGCUCCGAUGAUUAGCCUAUCUGGGCACCCUAAGUACCCUUACUCCCUGUUUAGAAAACUGAUGUAGAGUUCAGAUUUCAUGUAGUGUAGCAUUCUGAGAAACUAAGAUUUCUUGAUGCUGUUAUAUUUUGUUUACACUGAUGUUCCUACCUUUUUUCCUGUAAAUGUAUCCAACAAGUAAGGUUGAUUAAAUCAGUAGUUUAGGGUUAAGUUGAUAGAACCUUGAAAUCUCCCAGACUGUAGUUUUCUUACAUGCUCCGAUGAUUAGCCUAUCUGGGCACCCUAAGUACCCUUACUCCCUGUUUAGAAAAUUGAAUGUAGAGUUCAGAUUUCAUGUAGUGUAGCAUUCUGAGAAACUAAGAUUUCUUGAUGUUAUUUUGUUUGAAGUGAUGUUCCUAGUUUGUUGUUUCAUGUAACUAGUGAGUUUUAAUAAAGCAUUGAGUUUUAAGGCA